AUGCCUUAUGCUCAGUUGCAGCGUCAACGAUUCGUCAAGAGAUCACUCCGCUCCGACAUUGUGUCAAGACAAAAGACUGUCCUCAUCACCGGAUGCAGCAGUGGAAUCGGUCGAGCACUUGCCCUGGAAUUUGCUCAGAGGGGCUUCAAUGUCAUCGCAACAGUCAGGAAUGCCGAAUCAAUCGAAGAACUGCCAACCCGGCACAAGAACAUCACCCCGCUGUUCGUGAAUGUCCAAAAGCCAAAAUCCAUCACUGCGUUGAAAGACGAGGUCAAGAAGCUUACGAACGGCCGAAUAGAUUUCCUCGUCAAUAAUGCCGGCGUGCAUUAUGCAUCAACAGCCCUCGAUCUCAAACCGGAGAGAGUACGUGAGGUCUUCGAGGUCAAUCUUAUCGCAGUCAUGCAGAUGUGCCAGGCUUUCGCGGACUUUUUGAUGGCUGCCAAAGGGGUCAUUGUUCAAAUCGGAAGUGUUACUCGUGCUGUUCCCAUGAUUUGGCAAGGACCAUAUAACGCAUCGAAGGCGGCGUUGAGUCAGUAUACGAAGACUAUGCGUCUGGAAUUGGAGCCAUUCGGUGUCCGUGUGGUAGAGGUGGUCACGGGCUACGUUCAGAGCAAAAUUCUGCGAAAUGGUCUUCGGGCACCUUCGACAUCCCUCUACUUGCCGAUCAGAGGCCACAUUGAAAAUCUCAAGAAUCAAGGCAACAGGAAUGGCAUGCAUGCCGACGAGUACGCUCGGUUUGUUGUGGAACGAGUGACGAGGCCCAAUCCGAGCAGAGAGAUUUGGGCUGGUGCAAGAGCACAGACUUUGUGGUUUAUUGUGACCUGGCUGCCACUUUGGAUUCAGGUUUUUAUAUGGAAUAGAACUUUUGGAUUGAAUAGGCUACGCUCCGGGAACCUCAAGAGGAAGAAUGUAAUCUGA